AUGGAGGGUCUGCAGUGCAGCAAGGGCGCGUCGGGAGUGUGCGGGGGCGAGCUGGGCUUCAGCAGCAGCAGCAGCAGCAGCAGCAGCAGCAGCACGAAGUCGAAGCUGGCGGUGCUGUCGGAGCGCAUCUGCGGCUUCGAACGCCAAAUGGAGUCCGAGGCGAAGCAGCGCCGCGAAAGCGAAGAGGGAAAGCUGCUGGCCAUCAAAGAGGCCAUUGCCAAGCUGGAGAAGACCCUCAACGCGGAAAUCCGCAGAAGAGUCGAGGCCAACAAGGCCCUCCAGGCGAUGUUCGAGAGCCAGCUGCUGCAGGUGCAGGAGAAGCUGUCGCAGGUGUUUGUGGACAAGUUCGAGCAGCUGCAGUGCGGAGUGGAUGCUCUCAACGAAAGAAUCUCUUUAGUUGAAAAAGAAUUUAUAAUUGAAAGAGACAAACAAAACAGAGACUCCGAAGACAAACACUCCCAGAUCAACGCAGACCUUGCUGCGCUGCAGCACGCGUUCGAGACGGACAAGAGCAGCAGACAGGAACGCGAGCUGCAGCUAGCCAAAAGGCUCGGCGACUUGGAGUACAGAACUGAGGGCAAAUUCGAGGCGGAGAAAAACGCCCGCGAGCAGAAAAUAGAACAGCUAAGAGAAGAACUCGAGGAAGCAAAAAGGAUUCGAGAAAGAGGAGAAGAAAAGUUUCAAACUUUUAUUUUGGAGGAGGUGGCGGCCCUCAAGAAUGGACUCAUCUUGGAGUCCCAGGCUCGUGAAGGCGCAGACGACGAUAUUGUGCAAGCAGUAAACCACUACACAACGGCGCUGCAGGACGCACUGCGGCUGGUUACCACGGCAUAG